UUCCAUCAGGAAUCAUCAGAGUUCGCUGUGCAACAAUCACGCGCUCAAAAGCGUCAAACCCGUGACAAAGGGAAGACAAAGAGGAGAGAAAACUGUUGUUUGGAGCUCUCCUCUUCGCUGAAAAGGAGAUCAAACGACCUCUCUUUGUCAAACUUUGCGCCAUAGCCACAGCGAUUUGCAAGCACACAGCGCUCGAAAGGCCAAGAGGAAAAAAAAAUUAACGUGGCUACAAAGUGGAAGAAAGAGGGGAGGGUCUCCAUCUCCAUUUGCUGAUCGCCCACUAUUGGCGACUGUGCCACGCGUCAGCCCAGCAAGGGUGUGCUCACAUGGGCCAACCACAUGGCUCCACGUAGUCCCUUGGACGGCCGGCAGUGGGCCAGCAAGCGCCGACAUGUCAUGCAGCGGUCCGGUAGCCAGGACCUCGUCCGGCGAAUAAUCCGGGCAAGUGACGUGGCGGGCUGUGGGCCGCAGGAUUAGAUUCGAGCCCUCUCUGCCGUUAAGAGGAUUAAAAGAAAGAGAUUUGAUGCUCCAGAGCAUAGAUUUUGAGGCUUGGGCGAGGUCCACUCUAGGGUUUUGGGAUUCGAGCACGCGAAUGGGGGCGAGCCAGGAGGCGCCUGGCGAUGGAGCAGUGGAGAUCGCGGUCAGGCUGAUGCUGAUGAGCAGUCCUAGUCCUAGUCCUACGUGAGCGGGCGUUGCGCCGAAAAACAAUGUUUCUCUCCUCGUCGACGGAUUUGCUGGAACGUAGAUCGAAGAAGAGGCAAGAUUUCAGCUUCUUGAAGGGAUCGGCGGGGGGAUCCGUCAUGCCGGCUGAUGACGAAGAUGACAGUGGCAAUGCGGCGAAUGUGGGAAACGGUGACAGGCCAGAGCUUCUCCUGGACGGCACUAGCGACGAGAAAGCUCUUCCAAACGGGGAUCGCUAUGUAGGGGCUCUGGUAGGAAACCUUCCAGAGGGGAGAGGGAAGUACGUAUGGGCGAACGGCUCCUGGUACGAGGGGCAGUGGGAGAAAGGGAAGAAGUCGGGUCGUGGGAAGUUCGUGUGGCCGUCCGGGGCGUUCUACGAGGGGGAGUUUGCCGGGGGAUUCAUGCAAGGACUCGGGAACUUUCGUGCUCCCAAUGGUGCCGUCUACAAGGGGAACUGGAGCAUGAACUUGAAGCACGGUCUCGGACGGCUCCGCUAUGCCAACGGUGACAAGUAUGAGGGCGCCUGGAAGCACGGCUUGCAAGAUGGUUUCGGGAAGUACGUGUGGACGAACAAGAACGUCUACGUUGGGGACUGGAAGGCUGGUGUGAUGACCGGAAAGGGAGUUCUAAGGUGGGGGAUGGGCGAUGCCUUCAAUGGGGAGUGGCUGAAUGGGAUGGAGCAUGGCCGUGGAGUUUACUACUGGGCGGAUGGAAGUAUUUUCGUGGGAACCUGGAGCCGGGGACUGAAAGACGGCAAGGGAGUUUUCUAUCCCGCUGGGACGCUGCCGUUGGACAUGAGCACGCGAGAGAACCUCAUGCUCAACAAAGUGGAGGAGUAUCUCGCAACCGGGAUUGCCAAGGACUGGACGUCGGUGGGAUCGUGGAAGAAUGGGAGGAGGGAGCUGGAUUCGAGGUUCAUUACGAGCAGUGGCUCGGGAAAUCUGGAUCAGCAGAUCAAGAAGAAUGUGUGGCUGGGCAGACGGUGGAGUUUAGAAGGGCCUUUGGAAAGGGUGCUGGGCCUCGAGUCGUUCUUCAUAGGCGGGGAAGCGAUCUUAGAGGAAGAGAAAGAUGACGUUCCGGAAGUUGCUCCCAUUCUGGAGAGGGAGUACGCGCAAGGUGUUCUUAUCAAUGAGAUUGUGAAGCAGCCGAUAGGAAGUGUGUUGUCAAAGAGCUCCAGGAGAAAACGCCGACGCCAACCAAGGGAGCCGAAAAGACCGGGUGAAACGAUCUUCAAAGGACACAGAAGUUAUGAUCUCAUGCUUACUUUGCAAAUAGGCAUCAGGUACACGGUUGGAAAGGUAACUCCAGAGCCAUGUAACAACAUCGGUCCUCUGGAUUUUGGCUCAAAGGCUUCCGUGAGAAUGAAGUUUCCAAAGAUGGGAUCACAAGUAACUCCUUGUCAUAGAACGGUCGAUUUCGCGUGGAAGGACUACUGUCCAAGAGUUUUCAAACGAUUGCGGGAAAUGUUUAAGAUCGAUGCAGCCGACUACAUGCUCUCUAUUUGCGGUAAUUCUGCACUAAGAGAGCUUCCAUCCCCGGGAAAGAGUGGCAGCGUGUUCUUUUUGUCCAACGACGAUCGUUUUAUGAUCAAGACUAUGCGCAAGUCAGAAGUGAAGGUGUUGCUGAGAAUGCUUCGAAGCUAUUACAAUCACGUAAGCUCGUACGACAAUACAUUGAUUACAAAGUUUUUCGGCCUGCAUCGUGUGAAGCCUCAGGGUGGGCAGAAGGUCCGGUUCGUAGUCAUGGGAAACAUGUUUUGCACGGACUUGAGGAUACACCGCCGAUAUGAUUUGAAAGGAUCGCUUCAAGGACGUUGCACUGGCGAGGCCGACAUCGAUGAGAACACCACGUUGAAAGACUUGGAUUUGGACUACGUCUUCCAUCUGGAACCAAGUUGGCGCGACGCUUUGAUAAAGCAGAUAGCCUCUGAUUGCAAGUUCCUCGAGUCUCAACAUAUAAUGGAUUACAGCCUCCUGUUGGGGCUUCACUUUCGAGCGCCACACUUUUAUCAACCUUCCAAAGGAACCAUUCCCGAUGGUGAGGAGGAGUGGACGCCUGCUAGGAGUCUAGUACUUGUUCCACGGGAUCAAGGAAAGAGAACCAUGAGCUCCCACAUACGAGGAAAGCCUCUUACAGCCGCUGGAAUCGCCGAAGCCGAUGACAAUGCAGAGGUUGAUUUGCUUCUGCCAGGAACUGCUCGGCUGCAAAUCCAGCUGGGAGUAAACAUGCCCGCUCGAGCCGAUCGAAAGCCUCGAAAAAAGGAGGAGAACAACGACGAGGAAGAAUCGCUGGACGAGGUGCACGACGUGGUUCUCUACCUGGGCGUGAUUGACAUCCUCCAGGAAUACGACGUGGGCAAGAGGAUCGAGCACGCGUACAAAUCGCUCCAGUUUGAUCCAGUGUCGAUAUCAGCGAUCGAGCCCGCUAGUUACUCACAGCGCUUCCAAGACUUUGUUUGUAAGAUAUUUCCAAGCAACGAUUCGAAUGGCUAGAUAGGGUUCUCCGUUUA